ACCCAAAAAGAAUACGCAAAUGUGUGCCAAAUUGGUCAACAGAGGCACUUGAAAGUGUACCUGCGUUGCUUCUGGGUCCCGGAAGCUGGUUCGACCAUCUUCCGUCGUCUUCAUCUCUCUUCCAUUACAAUGUAUGGUGGCCCGUCAAAGCUCGGCCGAGCCGGCGCCGGCGCCGGCCGGGGAACGGUCGGAAAGCGGCCACACUCCUCUUUUCCCCUGCCACCUUCUCACCGGCCUUCCGGCCGUGUCUCUCUUGGUGGCAGUGGCGCCGGUUCUGUCACCAAUCCUCGGAAUCGAACCACCACCGCAACGAAAGCGUUAGCGCCUCAGUCCGUCGAGGAGACUUUCAGUCUUGUUCCUGGAAACAACCCGUUGACUUUUUCCAUGACAAUUUGGUUGGCUCCGGACUUAAUUGAUGAGAUCAAGCGGGUUGAGGCGCAAGGCGGGACUCCGAGGAUUAAGUUUGAUGCGAAUGGCAAGAAUUCUAGUGGUAAUGUGAUUGAUGUUGGUGGGAAAGAGUUUAGGUUCACAUGGUCACGUGAAGUUGGCGAUCUGUGUGACAUAUAUGAAGAACGUAAAAGUGGUGAAGAUGGAAGUGGUUUGCUUAUUGAAUCAGGCAAUGCUUGGAGAAAAGUAAAUGUGCAGCGUAUCUUGGACGAAUCAACUACAAACCAUGUUAAGAAGUUGUCUGAAGAAGCUGACCGUAAAGCUAAGGCCCGUAGAUCUAUUGUCUUAGAACCUGGGAAUCCAUCUAUGAAGAAUCAAAUAAAGCAAUUGGCUGCUGCCGAAGCUAAUCCAUGGAGGCAUUAUAAGAAUAAGAAAGAGCCUCCCUUUAAAAAGCAGAAAAAUGAACUGUCUCAAGUCGGGCCUACAAAAUCUACAUAUAAACCUGGCAUGUCAUCGAUACCUGCUUCGAAGGAUAGGCUAUCACAUUCACCUAUUCCAUCUCCGCCUGAGCAAACUGGUGCUCCAGUAUCUCAAUUUGGAUCUGCAAUUACCACUAAGACUCGUAUUAUUGCAGAAGAUAUUAGACCUCGACUACCUGCCAAGAUUAAUGCUGCUGCUGGCAGCGAGAAGGAAAUCCCGACCAGAGCUGCAAAAAGAGUACAUGAAACAUCAGGACAGGAAGGGAAUAGUGGAAUUAGACCAACAGACUUGCAAGGAAUGUUGUAUACUUUACUCUUGGAGAAUCCCAAGGGGAUGAGUUUGAAGGCCUUGGAGAGAGCUGUUGGCGAUAAAAUCCCAAAUGCUGUAAAAAAGAUCGAGCCAAUCAUCAAAAGAAUUGCAACCUACGAAGCUCCGGGGAAAUAUUGUUUGAAAUCAGGAGUUGAGUUGGAAGGCUCCAAAAGACUUUCAUCCGAAGGUGAAAGCUCUCCUUUGGUCAGCCAUCAUCAAACCCCUGUACACGAAAACCUCCAUGAUCAAAUGACUGCUCCAGAACCGCAGUUAGGAGCAAGAUGUGGCAUUGAAUUGGAGGAAAAGGUAGAAACCUCUCAAGCUAACAAAGAAUCAAAUUUCUUGGAGAAAAAUGGCAUCCAACAGCAUUCACCCCAUGUUUUUGCUGAGAAAAAACUCCCUGAAAAUAGUGAAGGCCAGGCAGCUAGUUCUUCUGACAAUGAAAGUGACAGUGAUUCUGAAAGUUAUAGCAGUGAUAGUGAAACUGAUAGCGGGAAUCAUAGUAGGAGUAGAAGCCGAAGCCCCAUGGGUAGUGUGAGUAGCAGUGAUAGUGAAAGUGACGCACCUUCCAAUAGCAAGGAAGGUUCUGAUGAGGACGUGGAUAUCAUGACCAGUGAUGAUGACAAAGAAUCCAAGUAUAAAUUGCAAGCUUCCGUACAGGGUUUCUCUACAUCUCCUGGUGGGGCUGUGCAGAAUAUGGAUGAUGAUGAAAAGGAAAAUGGACAAGAAUCUGAUGCAACAAUUGACAUUGAGAACGAUUCUACUGAUGAUGAGCCAGAAGCUAAAAUUGAUGAUCGCAGAUUACUUCCUAUUGAAGGUGGAAGACCUGUGGAAGGGUCAAGAUCCUUUUCACCAUACACUGAUGAAUUCCAAGAGCGCCAAGAUUUUAUUGGGAGUUUGUUUGAGGAUAGGGAAAAUACUGUUGUGGACAGUGCCAGGCACGAACAAUCUGACAGCACAGAUAGGAUAUCUAAAGGCAAGUUUAAAAGGAAUUCUGAUUUGGAGUGCUUUAAAGGAAAUUCUGAUUUUAGGCCAAAAAAAGGAAACAAAGAAACAUUUUCAGAAAAAAAUCGAUCAGAUGUUUCACAAGCAGGUUGGAGGCCCCAUGAUCAAAAUGGAGUGAGGGCUGUAGAUACAGCAGUCAGACCUGACAAGCAUGGUGAUAUUGGACGUGGCACUAAGCACACCGAAAGGGGUGGUCAUGCUGAUAAAAACUUUCAUGUGUUUGAAGAUACAUUUUAUGGAAAUGCUGAAAAUGAAGGGACAAAGGAGAAAAAGAAUUCUAGAUCAGGUGGUCCAGGGGACAAACAGAUGCAACCCUUUGACUCCCAUCACAGUAAACCUGGUGAAAUAGUUGGAAAGCUCAAAAAUGGCAAAAUAUUUUCAAGCUCGCAGAUGGGGUAUCCACCAAGGGAUAAUAAUAAUAAUAGAAUUAGUGCAGACAGGUCUCCUGUUAAUGGAAAAGGUCGAAUUCUCCGAAGAGAGCUUUCAGACCUGGAGUUGGGUGAACUUCGUGAGCCCGUCGCUGAGGAAAAACCAGGUAGAAAUAAAUUUGAAAGAAUCAAUUCGUUGAAACAGUUGGGGAAUAAAGAAAACACUACAUAUGUCUGGAGUUCAGAUUUAAAUAAAGAAGAAUCUAAUUUGAAGGCUAGUUUAGAAUAUGGAAAGCAGUCCUCACCCCAUGUAAGUACCAAGUUUCCCAGUAAUCCGGAAGUCCCAAAUAAACAGAAAAAUUCAGAACAUAUAGUUGAAGAUUCGACGAGGCUUAACCACCGGUUUCUGCAUUCUCAUCCACAAUAUGAUUCAAGGGUCGAUCGUGUUGAAGUUGAUAAGUCAGUUGACGCAAAUGUAAAACCUAAUCAAGGGAUUGGUCCAGAAGGCUGUGGGGAAAGCAACAGAAAAACAUCUGUUGGCAUUUCCCAGCUGCAUGAUAUGAAAAGAGAACAGCUUCCCUCAAAAAAAGGAGGUAAAAGACUAGCACCUUAUCCAUUAGCUGAAGUUACCGAUGAACUAAAGAACCCAGCAUCAGCUGAGCGUGAAUAUAGUGAUCCGAAGAGGAGAGAUUCUUCUUCAGACGAAAACAGUUGUUCAUAUUCCAAGUAUGAAAAGGAUGAGCCAGAGUUGAAGGGAGCCAUCAAGGAUUUCUCUCAGUACAAGGAUUAUGUACAGGAGUAUCAUGAUAAAUAUGAAUCAUACCUAUCCUUGAACAAAAUCCUAGAAAGCUACGGGGCUGAGUUCUGCAAACUCGGAAAGGAGCUCGAUUCUGCUAGAGGACAAGAUUCGGAGAAAUACUUUAACGUCUUAGGACAGCUGAAAGAAACCUAUCGGCUGUGUUCAACGAGGCACAAGAGGUUGAAAAAGAUAUUCAUUGUUCUCCAUGAAGAGCUGAAGCAUCUGAAGGAAAGGCUUACAGAUUUUGCACAAACUUACGCAAAAGAUUAAGACUGGACGUGCCUCUAUUCGAGCAAUCGAACGUCAACUCAGGGUACGUCAUUAAAUGGGAACUGUAUCAAUGAAUCCUGUGUAUAAAAAGUCAGUAAAUUUGUUACUUGCUACCUACUCCCCAACCCCAAUAUAGGAACAUGUAAAUUUUUUUGCUCUCCUCUCUCCUGAAAUGCAUUUUAUUUUGUUUAGCUAAGUAGAGAGGUUGGACUUUUGUUUUUAGUAUAGCUUGGCCUCUUCCUGUUAGUCUUGCGAGGCUUCUUCUGGGUUUGGAUAUAAUGUAUUUUAUAGGUUGUACAAAUUUUGAAUGUGUAAAAGUGUUCCAAUAGCUGUGAACAUUAGAGAAUGUAUUUUAUGCUAAUGUUUGGGUUUGGAUA